AUGGCAGCGCCUCCAGAGAAGUGGUAUCAGCAUGCCAAAGCCCCAAAACAACGAAAGUCAUCGCCCUUAAAGACUAUUGCGCUAGGGGAUGGAUCCUAUUUUCCAAACGAAUGGGAUAUCGAACAUGUGGAAAGGGUUAGCCCUCCAGGGAUCGAAUCUCCGCCAAAAAGGCCGGCAAGGGCCUUGGUUCGAGACUUGAGCACAAUCUUUGGAAAACGCGAUUCUCGAUUUGCUGCACAUCCAUACAUGCGCUUGCGGGGAGGAACUGGUGGGCCUGGGCCAUCAACUCUUCCGGCAGCUCCGCCAGUGACACCAGCAAUCCGUGGAUUACCCAAGAUGGCCCAUCCGAGGAAGGCCGGCGAAGAGAUGUUGGUGAUCCCACCAACUACGAGUAUCUUUCUUGAAGGCAAUCCUGGUGCUUGGCCGAUAAUCUAUGUCGGAGACGAUGCGCCGUGUCCUCGGGUGCGGUUCUCACUUGACCCAAAAGACCCUAAUGAAGGGAAGGACCUUUCGAAAGACUUGAUCAAAAAGGCCACCGGAAAGUGGGAGAUCCCUGGCGCAGUCCCGACGGGAGACGUUCGAUUGAGCCCGACUCAUGCCAAAUACAAGGCAGAGUACAAGGCACCCAGAGCCUUUGAUUCAACAAUAGGGCUUGGUGGAUUGCAAUGGGUAUUUGACGCAGGCAACAAUGAGGCUUACUGGAAUGGGUUCACCAAAGACCAAAUCAUUGAAUUCAUGUACCGAUCAGUCGAGGAGAUUAUGGGUGAUUGGGUUUCUCGAGAUCAACUUCGACAGUCAAUCAAGAGCGGACCUCUUCAGAAGCAAGUGCAAUAUGUGGAAGAUCCGCUGCCACCACUUCCUUCGCUACCCAGAAAAUGUUUCCCCGAAGACCGAUAUGGAUCACAGAAUCUCGACGGCACGAUGAAGAGAUAUGAAAACACUAGAAAUUUCUGGGAUACCUACAUUCGGGACGAUUUGGCUACGCGGCCCGGUGAAGCCAGAGACCCAAGGAGAUUAGGGAUGUUAUCACAGAGACUGUUUUCUCAUAUGAGAGAAGUGUUUGAUCGACCAGAUGACGUUGGAAAUCUGCUAGAGACAUCUUCUGAUGAGGAUAAUUCCUCUACAACACGCGUCAGGGAAGGUCGCCUUGGGACUCCCCGUCCAGGGCUACCCAGCCCUAUUGUUUCUAGAACAUACCCCAGGCGAAAUCCCACAGAGGCCUUUAAAGAAACUUGUGGCGAUCCAAUGGAAAUGGAUCCACCGAAUGACCCUGAACUAGGCCUUGACCCAAUGGAUACGACUGAAGAUGGAGGAGGUCGGACCGCACGAGUUGCGCAGUCUACACAUUUGGACGAACAGAGCGGAGUAUCUCUCGUCACCUGA